GCGGAGACACAGAAGCAAGUCCUGCCGGUUGAGGGGAGCUUGGUCGCUGCUUUGACUGCGAACCAGGGUCAGUCAGGAGAGUCGGAGCGGCGGCACCACUACCACCACUGGGCAGACGGAGCGGAUUCCGGAGGGAGAGCGACAUGGAGACGCGGGAAACACUGGAUGUGUACAAAGAGACAAUAUGGCUGUAUCUGGGAAAGGGAAAGAAGUACGUUAAUGCACAUUGCCAAGGCCUGGAGCCCUGGCAGAUCAUCGCCAUCACUGCUGUGACCACUCUGCUGGGAGUGUGGCUCUAUGGAUUUCUAUUCCAACAGCAAAGUAUUUCUUCAAGACUUAAAAAGUUCUUUUUCAAAAUUGUAAGAAAACUGCCAUUUCUGGCUGCUGCAGUACAGAAACAACUUAACAAGGCACUGGAUGACCUUUCCACAAGCGUCUUAACACUUAAGGAUGGAACGACGUACAUUACGUCCCUACCUGCACAGGGCUUGGCAGAGUCUGAGCUGCUGUUAAAGCUUAAAGACUACAGCACAAUGGGAGAGGUACACUGGGAGAAAGGGCAAGUCUCUGGGACAGUGUAUAGUGGCGAGGAACAGCUCACAAAGCUGAUGGUGAAGGUUUAUGGAGACUUUGCUUGGAGUAACCCACUACAUCCGGACAUCUUCCCUGGUGUGAGGAAGAUGGAAGCGGAGGUUGUUCGAAUGGCUUGUACUCUCUUCCGAGGGGGGCCAGAAUCCUGCGGGACGGUGACAUCUGGUGGGACUGAAAGCAUCCUUAUGGCUUGCAAAGCUUACAGAGACCUUGGAGCUGAGCGAGGAGUGAAAUAUCCUGAAAUUGUUGCUCCCAAAAGUGCUCAUGCUGCUUUUGACAAGGCUGCUCAAUAUUUUGGGAUGAAAAUAGUACAUGUAGAACUUGACAAAACCACAAUGCAAGUAGACGUGAAGGCCAUGAAGAAAGCCAUUUCGAGGAACACAGUCAUGUUGGUCUGUUCGGUGCCACAGUUUCCCCAUGGUGUCAUGGACCCAGUGGAGGAAGUUGCCAAGCUUGCUGUGGAUUACGAUAUCCCCUUACAUGUAGAUGCUUGUCUGGGAGGCUUUCUUAUUGUCUUCAUGGAGAAAGCUGGUUACUCACUGCCACCCUUUGACUUUCGUGUUAAGGGAGUGACGAGCAUCUCUGCUGACACACACAAGUACGGCUAUGCUCCCAAAGGUUCUUCAGUUGUUCUGUACAGCAACAAGAAGUACCGUCACUACCAGUUCUUUGUGGCCCCGGACUGGCAGGGAGGAAUCUAUGCAUCACCCACAAUCGCUGGAUCGAGACCAGGGGGGAUCAUUGCUGCUUGCUGGGCCACCAUGAUGUACAUGGGUGAGGACGGUUAUGUUAAGGCAACUAAGAAGAUCAUUGAUACUGCACGAUACGUUGAAGCACAGUUGAAGAAAAUAAAAGAAAUUUUCAUCUUUGGAAAACCUGAAGUGUCUGUAGUGGCCAUUGGCUCACAAACAUUCGACAUUUUCCGUCUAUCAAACUUAAUGACAUCGAAAGGAUGGAACCUCAACACUUUGCAGUUCCCUUCGAGCAUUCACAUAUGUGUGACACUUCUGCAUACCAAGAAUGGAGUGGCUGACCAAUUUGUUGAGGAUCUUCGUGAAAGUGUGGCUGAAAUAAUGAAGAAUCCUGAUGAGAAAACCACUGGCAGGGGUGCUAUAUAUGGCAUGGCACAGUCAAUUCCUGAUCGUACACUGGUGACAGAGAUAUCGCAUGGAUUCCUAGACUGCCUCUACAGCACUGAGCUCCCCAAAGUUGAAACAAACUGCAUGAAUGGAGCAUCAGCACAGCAUUGAAACAUGGAAAUAGGUUUUUAAAAAAAAAAUCAUGGACAAGGUUGUGGGAAGGUACUUUGGAAAGCAAUUUGACAGGUCUGACAUUGUUUUUAUUGUGUUGCAGUAAUGGGAAUGUGGAAAAAUGCAAUCAUAUGUACUGGGAACUGACGUCCAUGAUUUUUACACCACUUUCAAAGCCCCAAAACCUUUCCUUUUCAAUUUUUAUCCCUAAAGUCUUUUCCUGGAAACCUUGAGACGGCAAAGUUUCCAGAAAAUUGUGUGCAGGGUUUUCCUAGACAUUGAUUCACUGGAGAUUUAGCAGCAAGUGGCAAUUCACCUUGAUGCCUUCCCACUUUAUUCUUUCAUGUUGGGAAAAAAAGGGUUCUUUUGGCAGAAUUUUUCUCAAAGGUAACAAAACGGUUUGUGGAUUUAGUAGGCUUUUUGACACUGUCGCCAGGAGAGGGUGGUCAAUGUUUGCAAGCCAGCGUAUUACACAAGCGACAAUUGCCCCUCCACCCAAUAAAAUAUAGCAGUGAAGUUCAAUUUAACCCUGGCGGCUGGUCAUUUUUCUGCUAUAUCUCAUUCAUACCUGAAUUGUCAAUGAUGAAGCAAUGGAACAUUGAGACUGUUAAAAUGACUGUUAUCUUAUGGAUCAAGGAGGUAGGGGAAAGGGAUUUUGGACCCCCAAAACUUGAUCAAUCAUAAGCCUCAAUCUUUGAGCUUCUGCCCAAAAUGCCCAAUAUUUUGGUCCCACUUCAGGAUGAAUGCUGAGAGUAUUCACUACCUCAAAUAUAGUUCAGGUAAUUUCCAAAAGAAUAAUGCCACCUAUAGUUGCUCCCAGUUAACAUAAGACAGUUUUAAAACUAAACUAGGCACGAUUAUAAUAAUUUACAGACAGGAGACCAAUUUUUGUGCUGCUGUGGAUAGAACUUGCAUUACAAAAAUUAUUUGCAAGGUAAUUUUUCUUCUGAUUUGUUCAAAAUAAUCAGAUUUUAUGAUACAGACAUGGUCUAAAGAAAUCACUCCUUUGAGAUCCUGUGAAUUCAACGCAAGUUGACAAUUCUUAGACUGAAGUACUUACUCCAUAAUUGGAAUAGACGGUUGAAUAAUUUCAAAUUGUAUGUUGUUGUCAUUGUGUUUCAGAUAUUUUGUUGCUCUAUCAUUGUAGUGAAGCUGAAUGUGUGGCAAUUGAUGACGCUCUGAAAUGCUGUAUGUUUGUAACGUGUUUAUUCAGCGACCUCUCUCAUGCAUAAGUUUCACACCAGUGCACACUUUACAAGGGAGCGCUUGUGAAUAAUUAUGUUGAAAUUUUAACGGUACUUCAAUGCUAUCUUUAAAACCAUAUUGAUUCCUACUAAUCCUGAGAUCCUUGACUACAAUCCCUUUGUUAACCUGGCUCUCUGUACACACAACGGUAAAUGUUGUCCUGUAUCAGUAAUGCACAUUCCAAAGCUCUCAACCCCAAAUUAAUCUGUUGCCAGUGGAACACUUGUUGUUGAUAUUCCGUUUAUUUUUCUGUUCCAGUAAACUAGCAGUCACAAUAUUAAACCUUUUAUGCAGGGAACCCGAACACGUGAACUUGUCACUGCCUGAAUCUCUGUGAAAUGGCCUCUCAGUUUGAACUGUGACAUGCUGGCAAUGUCCCAGAUUGUAAAUUGCCAUCCACGCGGUAAAAGCAGAUGACUGUGCCCUAUUGCUGACUACUCCCAAUGAUUGCACAUGACUUCCCGUCUUUCAGUGUAAAGGGAGAGAAAAUUGAAAGCGACACCCUAAUACUGUUCUUUGUACCUUCUUGCACAGCAUUCAAAAAAUGAAUGUGUUCCCCUGCAAAUAAUGCAAAGAGGCUGGAUAAACUAAAACAUGUGUUUAGGACUGUGCUCUCAUUGUUCAACAUAGUUUUAAACCAGAGACAGGCAGUAUUCUGUCACAAUGUGAAAGGGCUGCAUUCCAAAUUGUCUUAAUAACUUGGCACAUUUGCGCACAAUUUUCUGACUUUUGAUAAGUCCUCUACCAUUUUUUAAAAAAGCAUAAAUUUAGCCUCUCUCAAGCUUUCCUUUCAGCUCUGGGUAACACUCAUUUUGCACUCUUUACAAAUGCACAUACUCAUCCUAUUUGCUCCAUUUCUGUUUGCACAGAGUCAGGAUGUUCCAUGAUCACCUUUGGUUAGCUCUAGAGGAAUAACUGAAGGAAUAACUGGGUCCUACUCCCAUCUCAUACUCUCCUCACAAGGAGAAGGUACAGAGCUUCUGUUGAGUUCACAAACUGGAUGUAAGCAUCCCUUACCAUUCAUGAAAACAAGCAAGUGUUUUUAUUGCCCUCUGUGUUGCAAAUUUCAAACAGGGGAAACAGACUCAGCAAUGAUCUUUGAUUUGUUUACAUCCCCGAUUUCUUCAUUCGCAGAGUUGUGUGUAGCACUGGGUUUUUCUUAGUUUAACUUGAAAAUCACAGAACCCCAGCGGUCACUUGGUUAGCCGAGGAGAGGGCACUAUUUUCAUUGUCAGUUUACUCAUUGGAACUGUUCCAGAUGCAGCUUGUGUGCAUUGUGAAGUUUAUAGUUAGCCCUCAGGGAGGGGUGUCAGGGCUGGGAUGGGGGUGAAAUUCCCACACCUGGGUCAUUUGCACCUGGACAACAAAGACAUCUUUAUACGGUUAGUGUGUAAAAUGAUCUGGAUUAAUCCAUCGUAUUAUGUAUUAACACAUUUGUAAUUGAGAUUUGGUAAUAAACCUAAUUUGUUGAAACUGUA